CAACUUUAUCCUGUACGGCGACCCAUCAACCGAGGAGCCUUGGGGCUGGAACAUCUAGGGGCACCAUUUCUGCAUGUACACGUAUCUGCACCGCAAGCAGAUAAUAAUUACGCCCGUCUUCAUCGGCGCCGAGCCAAACGAUAUUAAUCACGGCCCCUAGAAGGGGACCACGACGAUGCUUCAGGAGGAGCAGCUCGGGCCCAGGUCUACAAGGAGAUGCACACGGAGGGAAUUCUGCCGGACAGGUGGAACGAGGCAGAUCAGAGGCACAUGGGCGGUACUUUCCAAGAUAACAGCGACGCGCCGUGCGAGGGUAUCCGGGUGACCCUGUUAGAAGAGAGCGAGAAUGACCUCGUCUUUCAAAUCCCCAGACAGAUACUCAUCUACCUGCCCGAGUCUGUCUGGGAAAAGCAGAAGCAAUGGAUCUAGAACCAUCCUGAUGAGACGUGGUUCUGCUGCAUUGGUGAUUGUGGAGACGGAAGAUCUGUUCUACUAUAGGAUUCAAAGUCCGGUUGUCGUGGUUGAGUUUGACCAUCACUUGGGGGUAUUUUUGCGCAACACGGAACCAGAAAUGUAUCAUAUCUACACCAUUCAGACGGCGCCAAAUGGCGGUGAGUAUGGCAGUGCUCUACACGAGGCAAAUUAUAGACUAGGAUGGUCCUUUGAAGAGAUAAGGAAUUCUCUACCGAGAUAAUUCGAUUUUGUUUAUCCGGCAAAGCUUCCGAAGAGCCUGACCAGAUAUCUUUUGUUAAGCGAUUAUAAAAGGUCGCGGGCAGAUGAUCUACUUACUCUA